AUGAUCUUUGACAUUUCAGAAUCAUUCAUUCCCAAGUAUGGCAAUUUCUUGCUGGGGAUCCUCUGUGGUUGGAUAUUGUCUCGUCUUCUGCAUGGAAUGCCGAUGCUUCACCACUCGUUUUUGGUGUCUACCAACUGGUCCGCGCCUGCGAGUUCGUCCAUCAACUUGACGGAAAGCGUCCGUGUGCUUUGCUGGAUUAUGACCACGCCGGAGAACCACCAGAGCAAGGUGGUUCAUCUGCAGCAAACCUGGGGCGCCCGGUGCAACAAGCUGCUGAUUAUGAGCUCGGUAGCCGAUCCGACGGUAGGAAGCAUUGCGCUUCCGGUUGUGGAAGGUCGCCAAGGUCUGUGGAAUAAGACGCGCGAAGCGCUCCGGUACAUCUACGAGCAUGACCUGGAGGGGUACGAUUGGUUCCUGAAGGCAGACGACGAUACGUACGUGGUGAUGGAGAACUUGCGCUACUUUUUGUACGCGUACUCGCCCGAUCUGCCGAUAUACUUUGGGAGCAAGUUUCGGUAUCCGGAUUACGUGAAGCAAGGAUACUUUUCCGGCGGAGCUGGGUACGUGAUGAGCCGGGAAGCGGUCCGCCGGUUCUACGACAAAGCACUGGAGGAUGAGGCGGUCUGUCCGCUAAAGCGUGAAGUCGAGGAUCUCGAACUGGGAAAAUGCAUGGAAGGCGUUAACGUCACGGCUGGAGACUCGCGGGAUGAGCUAGGUCGGAAGCGGUUCCUACCCUUUCAGCCUGUGGACCACCUUACCGGCUCCGUAUCGGACGAUCCGGAGUACUGGUACAACCUAUACUCGUACUACGAGCCAAUAUACGGCAAGAACUGCUGCUCUAAUCUGGCCGUUAGUUUCCACUACAUCGAUGGAAAGAGGAUGCACAUGAUGGAAUAUCUGAUCUACAGUUUGCAUGCGUGGGGCAAGCAGUGGGAGUCACCGCCUUUGCCGAGGAAGAAAACUUUAGAAGAAGCGUUGACCGUUGCCGGACCAUAUCCACUCAGUACAAAGAUACCGACGACAUCAACUACUGAAACCACCGUAACAUUAGAGGACUCUUCAAAAAGUGUCCCAAUAAGUUAG